AGCCACGACUUCUCCGGUAACUUUUCUUCUUACAGUGCAUGUUGUGAAAUUCACUUCCAAUAUUCCCGAGCAAAAUCGUAAAGCGAACGUACAAUUUCGUGUCGAACAAUUCAAUACUAAACUUUGCAACCAAAAGACGAACAAUAUUCCUGAACAAAUUUUUAAAACAGAAAAUUUUAAGUAACUCAAAGUUAAUUUCUAGUACAAAAGACACUAAAGUAUUAUAUUUAAAUUAAAAGCAAGCACUGCGGAAGAAAUAAAUUGAAUUAUUUUCAAAAAGUCAGAGACUUUAAAAAAUUAUAAAGACUUGUGCAAAAAAAAAAGUACAAAGUCCAAAAAGUACUCAAUAGUACGGAAAAUAAUUAAAAGACUUUCCAACUGGUUGAGAGGCACUGACCCUCGACUUGUUUCUUGGCGAGCACGCUAAAAGCUUAAAAAUUUAUCACCCUCAGUCCGGUGAAUCAAAUAAUUCCCGUUCAGAAUGGCUGCAUUCCAAGCAAGCAACGCAAGUUCUUCAUCCUGCAAACAAUCAGGUAACAAAUGUGGAAACAAGAGAUCAGCAACACGUCGAGCACUACUUUUGCACAGAGGAGUUGUCACUAAUCAAUCAACUUUUAAGCGACGAAUUAAUAAUUCCCAAUCCGGAAAUAAUCUUCUUUGCACAGAAUUCGGAGCAGCAACAAUUUAUGGGCAAUCAACCGAUAACUGGUGGCGUUACCGAGUACCCGAUACCAGCCACGAAGACCUUUGGCGCUAUAGGUGAAGAGCUAAAUACUCCAAUUAUUGAUCAAACCUUUAACGGAUUCGAAUAUUUAAGCAGUUCCGGCAAAUCAGACGAAAGCAUUUCACACAACAGCAGCAGCAACAUAUUAACUGAGCUACCACACACAUCGCCUGCCUCAUCUCAGGACUUCUGGGGUCCCCCAUCGAUCAAGUCAGUUUUGAGUGAGAGCGACGAAAUGAUCAUCAAUAAUAACAACAACAACAUUUACGAGACAUCUCCCCUCGGCUUCGAGGAAGAUUAUCUCAAGUUAUCUGCCGUAGCGGAGAACAACUUCAAGCAAAUCAGCGAGUCGUACAAAGCCAAGCAACCUCUUCCCGUGAUCGUGGAGGACUUUUCAGCGGAAAAUACAAAAGAUAUCGAAGACGAUGUCUUCACAAAAGUCGAAUUCAGUAGCCAGGAUCCUGCAAAUAUGGUGCCGUAUCCACUUUUAGCGACAGAAACGACAAUUUCUGACAGUAGUGACGUAGUAACUAGCAUUAAGGACAACAAUAAUUCGGUGAUGGAGCAUCAAGUUAGUGAUAGUAUUUGUAUUAAGGAGACACCAAGACCGAAAUUGAAGCUGGAAAUGCCCAAAAUACCAGCAAACACGUUCGAAAGCAACGUCGUGGGCACCCCAGACAUCAUCAUGCAAACAUUAGAACUGGAAAAGGACUUUGAUCUUAUCCGAUAUGUCAAUAAUCCAGAGAAUCACAUUACCUUCGACGUAAUCAAGCAAGAACCGGAAUUCGAAGAACCUACCAUCGUCGUUGAAGAGGAAAUCGUUCGUCCCAAACGCAAAUCCACCGUUUCCGUUGAGCAACUUACGGCCCUCAUCAACAACGCCUCGCCCAAACGUCGACGAACAAGUACCCGGACACGCGCCUCGAGCCCAGCUACCUCCACCGUCAGCGAUUUCGACUUCAAUCCGAGCAGCGUUCAGUCCAAUGCCUCAUCCGAUGACUCGUAUCGCACGCCGCGUCGUCGAGGACGUCCCGCGAAACCAGUGGCAUCCCUUCUAAACCUCAACGAAUUCGCCAAUUUGAGUGCCGAAGACUUGAAAUACCGCGAAUUGCGGAACAAAAACAACGAAGCGUCGCGUCGUUCGCGCAUGAAUCGUCGUUCGAAGGAGCAACAAAUGGAGGACGAAGCGCGUGACCUUGAACACAAAAAUAACUACUUGGAGGUCGAAGCGGUCAAGUUGGAACGAAAAUUGGCAAAAUGGCAGACGGCGAUCAAGGAGAUUUAUCGCAUGUAAAAGCGGCAUUUUUCUGUAGGAUUAAGAUAAAAAUGAUUCCUUAACGUAGAUUUGAUUUAGCUCACACAAUAUUUAUUAAAAUAAUUUGCUAAGUCAGAUUUUUUUUAUGAUUAAGACGAAAAAUUUGGCCCUGUGGCUUCCCGAUUCCUGGGGAAAUGCAUCAGUGGUGUCUCUCUAAAUAUAAAUUAUUAUUGCUAGUUUUAUUUUUAUUAUUAAUGUCGUAUUUUUAACAAAUUAAACACAAAUUAGGUUUAAGAGUGUUUGUCUACUAUUAAUUAAGAUACAAAUAUUUUUUGUACUAUUUUCGUUUUUUUUUUCAUAUAAAAUAUCCAAUUAUUUGUAAAAGUUAUUAAAAAAAAGCAGAACAAAUGUAGAAGUAUUUUACUCCCUUUAAAUUUAUUUCAUUAAAAAAAAUUAUAAAAUUUCAUGUAAAAAAAAAAAUUAAUAAAUUGUUAAA